AGCACACCCCGGUUAAUACUUAAGGGAGAAUGAUGUUGAGGGGUGAUGGAGAGCAAAGCUGCGGCACUGAGGGACGACAAGUGACGAGACGGCAAAGUGAACGAGUGUUGGUGCAUGAGGCCUUCAGGUCCGGCUAGGAGAAUCCAUGGAGCCAUACAUCAUACCCUUGCACUCCUCCUCUCCCCCUCCACUGGAUGAUGACGGCGGCGAUGGGGAGGCUGGAUCAGAGGACGAGGAGUUUGGAGACUUUGGGGGAUUUUCUGUCGGGGUGUCCUGCUUCGCUGAUUCUACUGAGCCACCAUCCAGCCUCAGACAGCCCUCUCUUAUCACAAAGCCAGCUACGCAUCAACCCACCUGCAGCUUUAAUCAACUAGUUGAACAAUCCCAAUCUGUAUCCACUGAGAACUCAGGUUCCAGCAGGGGCCAGGUUGAUGUGGAAGGGCAGGGUCGUAAUGCUGAAUCAUCUUUGCACCUCACAAACGGAUAUGCUGAAGGAGACCACAACUCAGGGGCUCAGAGUGCUUCUGUAGUUGGUACUUGCUCUCCCAAGGAGGAAACAGGGUUUGCUGAUUUCACUGUGUUUACAGAGCAGGCAGCACACCCCUGGUGCUGUGGCUUCUCUCACUUAGGCGGUACGGAGCUGUGGGCUGGCGGAGUGGAAGGAACAAACUUGGGUAAUCAAGCCUGUGAUCCAGGUCAUGAGGUUAUAAUGGACUCUGAGCCCAGAGCUCAUUGCACUACGGUCAAGCACUGUGAGAAAAGAGAUGCAGCACUUGUGCAACCAUCUCAGGACCAACAUCAGCCUCAGGAAGCUGCAGCAGCUUUGGUAUUUCCAUCCGAACAGUCUCAUCUUAGGGAGGAGGAUGCAGGCAAGCAUGGGGACAGUUUGAGGGACAGGAGGCAUGGUUUAAAUUCUAUACAAACCUUGGAGGUACAAGAGGAUGAAGAGUCAGAGAAAGAAGGAGAGAGGAGCGUUUCUACUUUCCCCCAAACACUCAGUGUGUACGAGUCUGCUUCAGAGGACCUGGCAUCCACCUGCGAUGAUUUCUCAUUUGAGGGUGCUUCUGCUGACUUGGAACCAAAUGUUUCAUCUCUUGGUUCACCAGAGGAUCAUACUGAAUCAGACCAGACUGAUAUUGAGGAUGAAGAACUGGAAAACUACAGGCCUUGUGACUCUCUUGUCAACAGCAGCAUGGCAAAUCUCAGCCAGUCGGAGGCAGAGAAGGAUUUUCAUCAUUGCGACCAAACUGCAACUCAGGAAACUUCUGCUACCUCCAACCAGUCACAAUCUGCAACAUGGUCAGAAGACAAAUUGGCAGACACCAAUGAGAGUAGUUUUGAGCAUCACAGCAACCAAGAAUGUGUCCAAACAGCUGAUGUAAGCGUGCAGAGUCUGGGGAGCCUCCCACCGAGUGACAGUUUCGCGGAUUUCUGCUCAGCGCCCACACAAGAGGAUGGAGAAGCAUCAUGGGCGGAGUUCCAGGAUCAGGGGGCUCAGGAGGAGGGAAAAACUUGGACACAGUUAAGAGUCAGCAGCCAUCAGACUGAUGGGGAUGCUGAGGAAGAACCAGACAGGGUGGGACAAUAUGGAGUUUUAAGGAGAAACAGUGGUCAGGCAUCAUUGUCCUGCCGUGUCCAGCAGCUCCUCUGGGCCAGUUUCCCAGAGGUGAUGGUCCCAGCUGUGGAAGGCGAGGAGGAGACGCUGAGCCUCGGUGCUCUGCUUCACACGCGACACCUCCCCGAGAGUGAGGAGGGGAAGAUGCCAGAACUCAGCGGUGCUCAGUGGGCUCAGCGGGGUGUGUGGUGGCCACACCAAGAUGUCCACAGUGCAAUUGGCCUCCAGUUUCAGUGGGGUGGCUCCCAUACAAACAGGACUCUGCUCAGGUGCCUCGGAGUGGACACGAGGAACAUUGUGUUCAUUGGCAUGAAAAAGCAGCCAGUGGCUGUCCCCGCUUUUGCAUCCACCCUGGGGAUGCUAGAACCCAUCAAAGAUUCUGUGCCAGUUGUCUGUUCUCCAGACACAGCAGUCACAGCACAAGCACCUCCAGAGCCCCAGGACAUCCCAGACCCCUCAACAGACUCAGUGCAGGAGGCACUCCCUUCCAACCAGCUGGACUGGAGCCGCCGUGGCCUUAGCAGCUCUCAGGACGGCUGCUCUGCUCUCAAUCUGGAUUAUUUUGGUCCUGAGGAGGAGAGCAAGUCCAGCAACUGCAGAAGCCAUAGCAACAGUCCUCCACCAGGCGUCGACCCUGAGCUGUAUGAGUUGACCAUCAGCAAACUGGAAACCACCACUAACAGCUGCCACCUAGAGGACACUUUGAAUCGCCUUAUGUCCACUGCAGAGAGGACCAGCACUUCAGUCAGGAAACCCCAGCAGGAUGAAGAGCUGAGUGCGGAGGCUGGCAGGGUGAUCGCUGGACUUCCUAACCUGUCCUUCAUGAAGGCCAAGGUCCUUAUGUUCCCAAGCGUCCUCGUACCCAAAGAAUGUAGUUCCUCAUACAGGGUUUAAAUUCUUCAUAGGUUUUAAGGACACAAGAGGUUGAUCUUCCUACUUCGGUCAAAAUACUCCACCUGCUGGCUAAACUGGUAAAGCUCUCAGUACAGAGGCAGAAUAUCAUCAUAUAUACCAGCUCUUACAUUCAUUUCAAUGUACAAUAAUAUGCAGAGUGAAAAGAUGUAGGUCUGCAGUUAAUCUCAAGUAUUUCUUUUCUUAAACUCAAGCAUUGUGGUUUAUCUUGGUUUAAACUGACCCACACACCCAUUCACUAGGGACAGCAACCUCACCAACUUAUGUUUGAUUUUGUAUGAAUGUGUUUGUAUUAUGUUAUAACAUGUAUCAGCUUAUUUUGGAUAUAAAAUUAUUAUAGACAAAGAUUACAAUAUACUUUGGUGAUAUGGGAGAUGUAAAGAAAAGUGGCCAUGAAGAUGCAUGAAAUAUGA